AUGGAUUAAACCAACAACUUCUCCUCCCGUCACAAUCCCCGUCGAAAGAUCUCCGAAUCAAAGCCCUAAUUCCUCAAUCCCGAUCCUUUCUCUCUCGAUCUUAGUCGAAUCCCCCGGCAGCGAAGAUGGUUUUAGCGGAGCUCGGCGGGCAGAUCGCCAGCGCCUUGCAGAAGAUGAGCAAUGUGACGAUCAUCGACGAGAAGGCUCUCAACGAGUGCUUGAAAGAGAUCACUCGUGCUCUUCUCCAUUCGGAUGUUUCUUUCCCUCUCGUGAGGGAGAUGCAGAGCAACAUCAAGAAGAUCGUCAACCUCGAGGAGCUAGCCGCAGGCCACAACAAGCGACGGAUCAUCGAGCAGGCUAUCUUUAGUGAACUGUGUAAGAUGUUGGAUCCAGGAAAGCCUGCGUUUUCACCCAAAAAGGCUAAACCUAGUGUUGUUAUGUUCGUUGGAUUACAAGGUGCUGGUAAAACCACAACUUGUACCAAGUAUGCUUAUUAUCAUCAGAAGAAAGGGUAUAAACCAGCUCUAGUGUGUGCGGAUACUUUCAGGGCUGGUGCUUUCGAUCAGCUCAAACAGAAUGCCACCAAGGCUAGGAUCCCCUUUUAUGGAAGUUACACGGAAUCGGAUCCUGUGAAAAUUGCUGUUGAGGGAGUUGAUACGUUUAAGAAAGAAAACUGUGAUCUUAUUAUUGUUGACACCAGUGGUCGUCAUAAACAAGAAGCUACUCUCUUUGAAGAAAUGCGUCAAGUUGCUGAAGCAACGAAACCAGAUCUCGUUAUAUUUGUCAUGGACAGCAGUAUUGGUCAAGCUGCAUUUGACCAAGCUCAAGCAUUCAAGCAAAGUGUUGCCGUGGGAGCUGUAAUUAUCACUAAGAUGGACGGUCAUGCCAAGGGUGGCGGUGCUCUUAGCGCUGUUGCGGCGACAAAGAGUCCUGUGAUUUUCAUCGGAACAGGAGAGCAUAUGGAUGAGUUUGAAGUGUUUGACGUCAAACCAUUUGUCAGCCGUCUCUUAGGAAUGGGAGAUUGGUCUGGAUUCGUGGAUAAACUACAAGAUGUGGUACCUAAAGAUCAACAACCUGAACUUCUGGAAAAGCUCUCUCAGGGUAACUUCACGUUGAGAAUAAUGUACGACCAGUUCCAGAACUUACUGAACAUGGGCCCACUUAGCGAGGUUUUCUCAAUGCUACCUGGAGCUGCUGCUCAAAUGAUGCCGAAAGGACACGAGAAAGAAAGCCAAGCGAAGAUAAAGCGAUACAUGACGAUGAUGGAUUCUAUGACAAACGAAGAACUGGACAGCUCGAACCCGAAGAUGUUUAACGAGUCAAGGAUGAUGAGAAUAGCGAGAGGGUCAGGGAGGAUGGUAAGAGAAGUGAUGGAGAUGUUGGAAGAGUACAAGAGGCUAGCAAAGAUGUGGAGCAAGAUGAAAGGACUCAAGAUCCCAAAGAACGGAGACAUGAGCGCACUCUCGAGAAACAUGAACGCUCAGCACAUGAGCAAGGUCCUUCCUCCUCAGAUGCUCAAGCAGUUUGGGGGCAUGGGAGGUCUGCAGAGUCUCAUGAAACAGAUGGGUUCUGGCAAAGACAUGAUGGGUAUGUUUGGCGGCGGCAAAGACAAAUAGUUUCUUUCUUCCUUUCUUACACAUCCAAAGACUACGUCUUGCUGGUUUGUCGUUAUUAGUUUUUUCUUAUUUGUGAAAAUAUCAACUUUUGAUUUCCCUCUUUUGACUUUCCUGUAUUUACAUUCUCCCUUCAGUUUUACUUUCUUUGUAUU